AUGAUCAAGUUCAUUCUGUUGGCGGCUUUCAUUCGCACCAUCGAGACCGUCGCCGAGUGCUCGAUGGACGAGGAGUCCGAGGAGCACGAGAAGAUCAGCUCGAACUACACCGUGUUGUACGAGUACCUCACCGGUACCGGCGUUCAUAAUUUCAGCGAAUCGGUCACCAUCGGGUUCUUGGGCGCCUACCGGCAGGCCCAGGUCAUCCUGGGCGCCCUCCCCUUGGUGGUGGAAGCGGUCAACGAAGACAAACAUUUGCUGCCGGGUCGCCGGUUGCACUACGUGGCUGCCGACAUCGGUACGAAUCCUCCGGCUCUGGGUCUGUCCAGAGGGAAGUCCUCUUUGGCCGCGCACGCUAUCAGGGUGAUGACCGAGAUGAGGGACAACGGGACGGUGGCUUUCAUCGGACCGGACGAUACCUGCUCGUCGGAAGCUUUGGUAGCUGCAGCUUGGAACUUGCCCAUGAUAUCCUACCGAUGCAGCGACACGAGAGUCUCCGACAAGAAGAUAUUUUUCACCUUCGCCAGGACGCUGCCGCCCUCCAGCAAGGUUUCGAAGAGCGUCGUCGCCCUCCUCAGGGCCUUCGAUUGGCACACGUUCGUCGUGGUGUCCGGGUCCCAUCCGGCUUCGGGUAGCGAAGUCCAGGAGGCCAUCGAGGAACAAAGCCUACUUCACGGUCUUACAAUAACGGACACAAAAUUAUAUUCCGAUUACAUCCCGGAGUACAUUCAACAGAUGGACAACAUCGUCGAAGAUACCUAUAAAAAAACCAGAGUGUACGUGUUCGUCGGUGAGCACAUCGCUUUAAUAGAUUUCGUAAAAUGCCUCCAGAGGAGGAAGCUGCUGGAGACCGGCGACUACGUCGUCAUAUCCGUAGAUGACGAGAUUUACGAUCCGAACAGGAGGAUAAAAUUAAUUAGAAGAGAUUACCUGGACCCGUUUCUGCACCACGAAGGCUGGGGAAACAUCACCGACGUUAUGGGAUUCAGGUCCGUAUUGAAGUUGACUCCGUCGCAUCCCAGAAAUCCCAACUACAAGUAUAUAUGCGAGCAAAUUAAAGCGAACUCGGCCAGGCCGCCGUUCUGCGUGCCCUACCAUCACAAAAUAUUCGACAGCAUAUCCGUUCCCAUCCAAGCGGCUUAUCUCUACGACGCCGUAAUGAUAUACGCCAGGGCGCUGACGGAAAUUUUCGAAAAUCACGAAGACCCUCGAAACGGCACGGCCGUCCUCAACAGGAUAAUCAACAGGUCCUAUCACUCCAUUCAAGGAUACGAUGUGUUUAUCGAUGGUAACGGAGACGCUGAAGGUAAUUUCACUGUAGUGGCUCUCCUGGACGAUAAGGAAAUGAACGGAUCCAUCAGGAUGAGCAUGCAGCCCGUCGGGUUUUUCCAGUACAACCAGAACGCGAGCAACAAAAAAUUUUCGGCGUUGCCGGAAUUUAAAUACUUCGAUUUGGAGAGGCCUAUUCAAUGGGUCGGUGGGAAAAUGCCGCGUGCAGAGCCGAAGUGCGGGUUCUACGGGGAGAAGUGCAUAUACAGGAUCGACUGGAAGUUGGUGGCGAGCAUGAUUUUGGUAUCGACUAUCGUUGUUGUGGGAAUACUAUUCGCAUUAAAGCAUUAUCGCUACGAACAAAAAUUGGCCUGUUUGCUGUGGAAAAUCGACAUGAAAGACAUCACGAUUAUACCGAUUGAAACGGCGGAAGUCGAAAGCCAAAACCUGAAAAUGAUAAGAGUGUGCAGACAUAGCAUAUUCCAACCGCCUACCAGCGACAGCAUCGGAGACGUUUCCGAACAACCGACGAAAAGGGCUCACACCACCAUCGGUCUGUACAAGGGCAACAUCGUGGCUAUCAAAUACCUGCACAAGCGAUCCAUCGACUUGUCUCGAUCGAUAAGAAAGGAAUUGAAACAGAUUCGCGAAGCCCGUCACGAGAACUUAAUACCAUUUAUCGGAGCUUGCGUAGAUCACGGCAACGUCGCCAUCGUCACCGCCUACUCCGCAAGAGGAAGUCUGGAAGACGUUCUCAAAAACAAGGAUUUGAGUUUGGAUACGAUGUUUAUAUCGUCGUUGGUAUCCGAUAUACUAAAAGGAAUGAUUUACCUGCACGACAGCGAAAUAGUGUCUCACGGCAACCUGAAAUCGAGCAAUUGCUUGAUAGACAGCAGAUGGGUGUUGCAGAUAUCCGAUUUCGGUUUGUACGAAUUCAAAGCUAAUCAAGACGACCCGAAUUGGGAGGAGAAAGAAUUGAAGAGGCUCAUCUACAGAGCGCCGGAACUGCUCAGGGAUCAUUCGCCGCCGGCGAAAGGUACCCAAAAGGGCGACGUCUAUUCCUUCGCUAUACUUUUGUACGAGAUUAUUAGUCGAGAGGGUCCUUGGGGAGCCAUUGGUGUCGAUCCGAGAGAAAUCAUUAAAAACGUUAAAGAGCAACACAGAGAUGUACCGUUUAGACCGCCUUUGGAGCAAUUGAGAGCCGCAGAAUAUAUAAUUAAAUGCAUUAAAGCCUGUUGGAACGAAGAGCCCGAUCAACGACCCGAUAUUAGAUACGUUAGAAUAAAGCUCAAAGAAAUGCAGGCCGGUUUGAAACCGAACAUCUUCGACAACAUGCUGGCCAUAAUGGAAAAGUACGCCUACAAUUUGGAAGGAUUAGUGCAAGAACGAACGAACCAGCUAACGGAAGAGAAGAAGAAAACGGACGCGCUGCUUCACAGGAUGCUACCGAAAACCGUCGCGGAUUCGUUGAAGAAAGGCGAACGAGUCGAGGCCGAGUCGUUCGAAUGCGUGACCAUUUAUUUUAGCGACAUCGUGGGAUUCACCGAGAUAUCGGCAGUCAGCACGCCGUUGCAGGUCAUCGAUCUCCUCAACGAUCUGUACACUUUGUUCGACUCGAUCAUAUCGCAUUACGACGUUUAUAAGGUGGAAACGAUAGGAGAUGCGUACAUGGUGGUUAGCGGAUUGCCGAUAAAAAACGGAGACAGACACGCCGGCGAAAUCGCUUCGAUGGCUUUGCAUUUGUUGAGCAAAAUCAAACGGUUCGACAUCAAGCACAGGCAGGGCGAGGUGCUGCAACUGAGAAUUGGGAUACAUUCGGGUCCCGUCGUGGCUGGAGUGGUGGGAUUGAAAAUGCCGAGGUACUGUCUUUUCGGCGAUACAGUAAAUACGGCGUCUAGAAUGGAAAGUUCGGGCGAGGCGUUUCGAAUCCACAUAUCUCACGCUACGUUCGUGCUGCUUCAACGCCUGGGUGGAUAUCAUUGCGAGGAAAGAGGAGUCAUACCUAUCAAAGGCAAAGGGGAGAUGCGAACUUAUUGGCUAACGGCCGACGAUCCGGCGCAACGAUUGGCGCGCAUCAGGGAGGAAAUAGUCGGUUCGUCGUUGUUCAACAGCAUCAGCUCGGAGAGACUGAGUAACAAAACGCCGGAUUUGUUACGGCGGACCGGGGUGUAUUUGGAAAAUGAUUUGCACGUUUAUGAAAAUUGUGAAUCUUGUUUGUUCCAAGCGGCCUGUCCCGUUGUUCAACUACACGAACGAGCCAGAAGGGCGUUCAAUCCCGUCGAAAGUCAGGAAACAAUCGAUGGUAGUUUUGAUAUGCUGUGUCCAGAGAUGUACAGAUAUCACAAGACAAGGCUGAACUACGCGUGUUCGCACAGAAAUCCCAGAUCGGCUCCCACCGUUAUAUUUAAGGAUAACGAGCAGUUUAUUUGA